UCUCGAUUCCAAGAAGAGGCAAACCAAACAGGGAGGUCCAUACACGAGCCAUCACACGAGGACUCUCGAAAGCAGUUUGUUCAGAAGUUACAGAGUUUUAUAUUUUUGCCAUCAUGCCGAAAUCAAAGCGAAACAAAAUUGUUACCUUGUCAAAGACAACUAGUAAAGGAAUGGAGCUGAAAAAGGAGCUUGUUGAUAAGGUCAAAACUUCAGUGGAUGAGUUUGCAUACAUAUACAUUUUCUCAGUAGAAAACAUGAGAAAUAGCAAGAUAAAAGAUAUACGCAAUGAGUGGCGGAGCAGCAGGUUUUUCUUUGGUAAAAACAAAGUCAUGGCGGUUGCACUUGGAAGGUCGCAUGAAGAUGAAUAUAAAGAAAAUUUACAUGAAGUCAGUAAGAGACUAAAGGGAAAUGUUGGUCUGCUGUUUACUAAUAAAUCAAGAGAGGAAGUCUUGAGGUGGUUUGAGAAAUACAGAGAUUUAGACUACUCAAGAACUGGUAAUAUUGCAACAAAAGACAUUGCUCUUCCUGAAGGUCCAUUAGACCCAGAGGAUUUCAGCUUUUCAAUGGAACCACAACUACGUCAGCUAGGAUUGCCAACUGAAUUACGAAAAGGUAUCAUUCACCUCACUGAAGAAUACAAAGUCUGUAAGGAAGGAGAUACGUUGACACCUGAGCAAUGCAGAAUUCUGAAAUUGUUCAACCAUCCACUGUCAGAAUUUCGCGUCAAGCUUACUCACGUUUGGUCAUCAAGUGGGGUUUUUGAAGAACUUGAAAACGGAGACAUAGAUGCAGAGGUAGAUACUACAAUUGAGUAAAUCAAAUUGAUAGUUUUGAUUUGUAAAAAAUACAUUAAGUAUUAUUAUUUUUAAAUACUACCUUGGUCCAUGCCUAA